AUGCCCGCCCCUAAGCAGGGGUCUGCAGUAGAGGUGGAGGAGGUGAUGAGCUGCUGUGUGGAGGGAGCAAGUAAGAUGGAGACAGACACCACCACCACCACCACCAACAUCCUGGCCUCCGUCAAAGAACAGGAGCUGCAGUUUGAAAGGCUGACCAGAGAGCUCGAGGCAGAGAGGCAGAUUGUGGCCAAUCAGCUGGAGAGAUGCAGGUUGGGGGCGGAGUCUCCAGGCGCUGCCAGCGACAGUUCUUCUGAGAAGUCUCUGCUGUGGAGGUCAGCAGAGUCCUCGGCGGCCGGUUUGUCCAAGGCCCAGGCACCAGACGACUGCCCUUCACCCACGUUCGGGGUCAGAGUUCAAGGGUCACCCUACUCCCCUGAGCUGGAGCAGCUCUCUCUGCGUGAAAGUGAGGGAUCGGCCGCGAACUCUCGCAGUUCAACUCAGAUGAACUCGUAUUCAGACAGCGGCUACCAAGAAGUGAGCGGUUACUACAGCAACAUGGUGACACCAAGAAGGUCAAAUGGGAGGUCCCAGUCGACUAGCUCCGCCCCCAGCGGCAGCCCGAGCAUGGCCAUAGGCUCUCGGGCUGAGGGACAGGCCUCAGCACAGGUGGCGAGUGGGCGUGUCAUGAGGCGUGUCAGUUCAGUGCCCUCCCGUGCCUCCUCCCCUCUCUACGCCCCAACUCCGCCCCCCUCUCGCCUGCCCCUGGGCUCCUCUCUGGGAAGCCCCUAUGGCUCGCCCAUCAUCUCCGAGCCCCGCCCACUGGCCAGUGUCUUUCCUGGCACCACCCUCCCGCCCUCCUCCAGCCACGCCCCUGACCCACUCCACUCCACCUAUCCUGGUCGCCACGGGGAUGGGAUGGAGUCACCGACCCUGCUGCGUUCCGGAAUGCUGGCACAGCCGCAGCACUACGGAAUGCUGGGAAAACACAACACACACACGUACGACGACACGCACGCCUCCUUUGGAGCCCGCGCGUAUGACAUCUUUGAGAGGAUCGUGCUUUCAAGACCGGACAGUCUUACAGGCCUGCAGAGCUCGUACAGCCAGCACAGCCAGCUGGGCCAGGAGGAGCGCUCCCCUGACCACCACAUGACGCCCGUGUACGAAGACCGAGCCUUCCAGAACCCGCUGUACGAGAGCCCCACCCAUGGCUCCCAGAGCGCCCUCUGCAGGAAUACAGGGUUAGGGACUCUUCAGCGGACCACUAGUCAGUGCAGUACCCUGCGCUACCAGCGGGCCGCAUACCCCGUGCCCACGCACACUGACACCUACCACUCCACCCUCUACCGGCCGGCGGACUCAAGCUAUGGCAGGCACGGAGUAGGCAUCAAUAACAAUGUCAGCUCUACGCGAUCGCCGUCCAUAGACAGCAUUCACAAAGACCCUCGGGAGUUUGCGUGGAGAGAUCCUGAGCUGCCGGAGGUGAUCCGGAUGUUGCAGCAUCACUUCCCCUCUGUGCAGGCCAAUGCAGCAGCGUACAUCCAACACCUGUGUUACCGAGACAACCGCAUCAAAGCAGAGGUGUGCAGACUCGGGGGCAUCCAGCACCUGGUGGACCUGCUGGACCACAAGGUCCUGGAGGUGCAGAGGAGUGCGUGUGGAGCCCUGCGCAACCUGGUGUUUGGCAAAGCCACGGACGACAACAAGGUCUGUGUGAGGAACGCCGGCGGAGUCCCCGCCCUCCUGCGUCUGCUGAGGAAGACCUCGGAGAGCGAAGGGAGGGAACUCGUCACAGGUGUGCUCUGGAACCUGUCAUCGUGCGACGCCGUGAAGAUGACGAUCGUGCGCGACGCCCUCGGGCCGCUCACCAACACGGUGAUCAUUCCGCACUCGGGGUGGGGCGCAGCCCCCCAGCGCGAGGACCACAAGCUGAAGCUGCACUCCUCCAUGGUGCUGAGGAACACCACGGGCUGCCUCAGAAACCUGAGCUCUGCUGGUGAGGAAUCCCGGCGUCAGAUGCGCUGCUGUGAGGGUCUGAUCGACUCCCUGCUCUACAUCAUCAAAACGUGUGUCAACACCUCCGACUUUGACAGCAAGAUUGUGGAGAACUGCGUGUGCACUCUGAGGAACCUGUCGUACCGCCUGGAGCUGGAGAUGCCCCCCUCACGCCUACGGGGAGCACAGGACCUGGACCUCCUCCUGGCCGGAGACGCGUCCAACAAGCAGGCCGACUCCGGCUGCUGGGGCUUCAGGAAAAAGAAAAAGAAAAGACCAUGGAAGGAACAGCAGUGGGACGGCGUGGGGCCCAUCCCUGGCUUCGCGGGCAGCCCGAAGGGUGCAGAGAUGCUGUGGCACCCGUCAGUGGUUAAGCCGUACCUCACCCUGCUGGCAGAGAGCUCCAACCCGGCCACACUGGAGGGGGCAGCCGGAUCGCUGCAGAACCUGUCGGCGGGGAGUUGGAGGUUUGCAGCAUAUAUCCGGGCUGCAGUGCGUAAGGAGAAGGGUCUGCCCAUCCUGGUGGAGCUGCUCAGGAUGGAUAACGACAGGGUGGUUUGCUCUGUGGCAACUGCACUACGCAACAUGGCUCUAGACGCCAGGAACAAGGAGCUGAUUGGGAAGUACGCCAUGCCGGACCUGGUGAUGCGGCUGCCAGGCCAGGGCCCGGCGCUGCUCUCUGACGAGACGGUGGCGGCGGUGUGUUGCGCCCUGCACGAGGUGGCCAACAGGAACAUGGAGAACGCCCGUGCCCUCGCCCACGCCGGCGGCAUCCACAAGCUGGUCACCAUCAGCCGUGGCCGCGGGGAGAGGUAUUCCAUGAAGGUUGCUAAGGCUGCAGCUCAGGUGCUCAACACCCUGUGGCAGUACAGAGACCUGCGCAACAUCUACAAAAAGGACGGGUGGACCCAGAACCAUUUCGUCACCCCGGUGUCGACGCUGGAGCGAGACCGGUACCGGUCGCAGCCCACCCUACCAACAAGCAACUUACAGACGUCACCUGUCAUCCAGUCAGGCGGCAGCGCCACUUCCUCCCCGGCCAUGCUGGGUAUAAGAGAGCAUCGUCUGAGCAAGAGGAGGGCUCAGUCUUCUAUGCAACUUCACAACUACUACGGAGACGCCAACCGAAACAAGACCCUUUACACAGGGUCCGGGAAGCAUUCGGCCUAUUUCAUAAGCUCCUACCCCUCUCCUUCCUUCGAGGAACCUCACAGGCCGCAGCUUGGCCACCCGUACCAUUCCGAUGAGCCCAAUCCGAGAGCCUAUGACACCUAUGGAAUGUAUGUGGCAUCCCCGGUGGGCUACGGCGACGGCUACCCAGACGAGGCGUUCCCCUGCCCUGUGGUGAGCGAGCAGCAGGCGCUCAAACGCACCAACUAUGUGGAUUUCUACUCCACCACCCGUAGGCCUUCGUACAGGUCUCAGGCCUACCCGUCAUCUCCAGACUCAUGGGUGUAGGCACAAGAGGAUGGAGGGGUGUGUGUGUGUGUGUGUGUGUGUGUACGUGUGUAUGGUCACAGACAAUUGCAGGGUGAAGGCCUACCCAUCAUCUCCAGACUCAUGGGUGUAGGCACGAGAGGAUGGAGGGGUGUGUGUGUGUGCGUGUGUGUGUGUGUGGUCACAGACAAUUGCAGGGUGAUGGCCUACUCAUGAACCCGUUGGAUCACAUGUAUCUCUACCUAUUCCCACGUUCCUAUGAGAAGUCUAUGGGGACAUUGUCCCCGUGAAAUUGCGCCCUGCUGUCGGAGUAGCAGGAGCAGAGCCACGCCCCUGCCGGCCACGGAGUGUGCGUGCGCACGUACGUCAGACUGCAGUAACCUCCCACGACAGAGCCUGUGGAAAGAAUCAUGUAUGUGCAUGUGCACGUGUGAGAGCGUGAGCAUGCGUGCGCGCGUGUGUGUGUGUGUGUGCGUGUGGCUGACUUGUAACUUGAAUCAAAGUCUUACUUUCAUCUGAGAUUGAAAGAAGGAUAUAAUACAGUUGUGUGUGAGCCAAAGAAGGAUAUAUGAAAUUAUCAUAUUAAUGUUUUUUCUGUUCUUGUUAUUGUUCUUAUUUUAAGGAGAGUGUGACAUCUAUGCUCCAUUUGUGUUUCAUUUUCAAAUUGGAUUAUGUUCUGUUAUUUUUUUCUUGAUAUUUUUUCCUUAAUGGCAUGUUGAAAGAAUGACCCCAGUCAUUAGAACAAUUUAAAUGGUAUAGCUAAAUAAUGUUAAUGAAUAAUUAUGCAUUAUGCAUAAACUAUGCAUAAAUGAUAUGAAUGAAUGGGGCAAAAACUUUGAUGAUCUCAUAUCUGUGAAAGACAAAAAUUCUAAUAAUGUACUGUGCAAUGGUAACAAAAUGUCCCCUUGUCCAGUCUCAUUGAUGUACUUACUGUUAAAAUUAGUGUGUGCCCCGGAGUCCUGUACGAACCUGUCGGUUUAUCGUAGAAAUGUGUGGUGUGUGCACUACAGCACAAGACCUGUGACAUGUUCCAUACUUAAGUAGAGCUGUAUGAAUAUAUUAGAGACCUUAUGGACACACUAUCAGAAAUAAAGAUGAACAUUUGUUUUUGUAUA